AUGUCAAAAAAGAUACUUUCGACCAGUGCAAUGAUGAUAGAUGAUGAAGAACGGGUUAAAAAAUUUGACGACGACUUUGAGUCAUCAAAUCAACCUUCAUCACGUCCUGGCUACAUACCUUCCCACAUGCCACCUUUUCCUAGCAAACAUACAUAUAAGAAAACACCGGUAUUUCCAAAACGAUUAGAUUACAAUCCAACAAGAAUAAGAAAAAUGCGAUUAGAACAAUCAAGAUUAGUUGAAAAUAACUCACCUUCUUCGUCAUUAACAAUUGUCUCGGCAAAAUCAUCAGAGUCACAACAACAACUAGAUGAUGAAAAUUUGUCAAAAGUAUCAAUGCCGAUAACUAAUUUUCGUUCAACCAUCGUUCAUACAGGUACAAUCAAGAAUCAUCCAAAGUAUGAUGCUAGAUUGAUUCGUUGUUUAACAGAUGAAUCAACACUGAAUCGAUAUAGUAAGGAUAAAUCUGAACGAAUAAAAUCAAGCUGGGAAGACGUUUUAGAAAAACAGAAAAAUUUAUAA